UCCCUUCAUUUCAAAUGUGUUGUUGUUGGAACAUCUUAAUUUAGGUCUUAAGAAAAUGUAGUUAAUAAUUAUAUUCUGAAGAUUUUAUUCUUAUAUAUUUUAGUUGGAAUCUGCUGACAAAUUCAUGCAAUGCAUUAUUGCAACAAUAUGUUCAGCUUCAACCGAGACUAGCGUCUUUGGUUUUGCAGUCAGAAAUUCUUAAAAACUGGAUUAUGGAUACAAAGAAGCACGUACUACAAUUAAAAAAUGAUCCAAAUUCAGUUGAAUCAUAUCAGAAUAUAGCAGAAGAAAUUAAUACGAAACAGAAUGAAGUAUCGGAUUUGGAAAAAGUAGAAAAAGAUUUAUCCGAAAUAGAAAUUUUUGAUCAUUCUGCAUUUAAGAUACAUUAUUUCAAUAAUAAUAAGAAACUAUUACAAGACUGUAGCGAUACUCUUCAAUAUUGUUUGAAUAAUUCAAAACAUGUUGCAACAGAAAUGAAUGAAUAUCAAGCACAAAUAUCUCAAGUUUCAUCAUUUUUAGAAGUUGUAGAAGAGAAGUUAUCUAGAGAGUGGGAUGUUUAUGAUGAAGACAAAAUAGAAGAGAUAAUCAAUGAUCUUAAAUUCCAUAUGAAUCAGAUUCCACAACACGAAGUCUCCAUUUUUACAUUAAGCGAAAAAUUAAUACAGAAUAAUCUCUCUCACUCUGAAACAUGCCAGGAUGUUUUAAAUGUUUUACUAAGAUGGAAAAGAUUUCGCAUAAAUAUAGUCAAAAAGUACAGCUUAAUUCAAAAUCAAUGGCUGCAAAGACAGGAUUUUAUUAGAAAGUGUCAUUCGCUGCUAUUGUUUCUUCAUGAACUCAGAUCUCACCUACGUAACGAAAUACCAUCGAGUUAUGAAAAUGUACUUAAAGAAUAUUGCAAUAUGCAAGUCUUAGAUAUCAUCACCUCUGCUCAACAAGGAGUGCUUUUGUCUUUCAUGCAAGAAGGUCUCGAACUAAGUUCUAGAAUGAAUGAAGAAAAUGCAGAGAAGUUCCUUGAACAACUGUACAAAUUACAAGAACAAUGGUUUUUUAUUAAUGACAUUCUUACAAAGAAAAAGAAUACGAUCCUUUACAUCAUCUCCCUUUGGCAAAAUUAUAUAAGAAAAUUAUAUGAAAUACAGUCUCGGUUAAAUGAGACCGAAUUACAAAGUCUGAAAUUCAAAAAGAAUUGUUUAUUCACCAUAGAAGAAGUAAAAAAUGGAAUUAUUUAUAUCAAUAGCAUACUUGAACAAAAAAGUCAUUGGGAAAACAGCUUCCAAGAACUCCAUUCUUCAUAUUUAAUCCUUAUUCCGCACAUAAAUUCUGAAUCGGUGGAGAUUAUUCAUAAAGAAAAAAUUAAUAUCAGAGAAAGAAUGGAUGAACUCUGGAACUUGUUCUCGGCACAAAAAAUACAACUGAAUAACUUGGACACGGAAUGGAAUAAAUUUCAGGCCAAGAUGACUGACAUUAAACAGUUACUUGAACAAAUUGAAAAUUUACUCGAAGAAAAAAUUCCAUCAUUAUACGAUGAUCUUUUAUAUCAACUUGAACAGCUCAAGAUUUAUAAGAAAAAGCUGCAAGAUUCGGAAAGCAGCAUAGAAGAACUAGAAAAUACUAUAGUCGUUUUAAAUGAAAAGUUUUCUUCUUCAGAAAUUCUUCAAAUUAGGAAUAAUGUUAUAACAUUUAGAGAAAAUCUGAAAACUAUUUAUUAUAAGUUAAUUAAUCAUAUCAACAUCAUUGACAAAAGUCUUCAGGAAUGGCCAAAAUUUCAUACAAACUGUGCCAAUCUUCUUGAAUGGAUAUUAAACUUGGAAAAAGUACUAAGUCAGCGAGGUGAUUACUGUCUUGAUGAUGCAUGCCAGAAGUUAGAAAAAACUCAUUAUUUAGAAAUAGAACAAAAAACUCAAGAAUAUGAUGAUCUUGUUAAAUUUGGAGAGAGAUUGAUAGCAGCAGGAGGUGAAAAAGAGUUCUUGGUUCAAGAAGAUUUAGAAGAAGUACAAAUUGCUUGGAAGAAAUUGAUUAUGUUUAGAACACGCAGAUUGGAUAAAUUAAUAAGUUUAUUGGAAGAAUCAAAACAACUUCAACAGAAAAUGUUUGAAUUCAACGAGUGGCUAGAAGGAAAAGAACAUCAGCUCUUUGCACCUGUCAUUUAUGAAAAUUUCACAUAUUCUGAAAUAACAAAACAAAUAGAGAAAAUGGAGGAGUAUGAAGAAGAAAUAGAAAAUCAGUACAGAGUUCUUCGAACAAUAAUGAGUAUGUGCGAGAUGUUAAUGCACGAUAAUGAUGCAAUAGUCAAUCCAGUAGAAAGAGAUGCCAUUCAAAGAUCUAUAGAGUCUUACAAACGAAGAUGGAAAGAACUCGGCACUGUUCCUGCAGAGCAUAAAUCUCGAAUUGAAGAGACGUGGAACCAGUGGAAGAAGAUCAUGAUUGAUUUGGACGAAAUCGAAUUAUUACUUUCCGACUACAAAAAGCAGAUCGAAAUGCCGAAAACUUGUGCUACUAUUUAUACGAGAGACGAAAUCUGUGAAGAAUUAAAAAAAUAUGAACUACUCUAUCAGUCUGUUCACUCGAUUUUUGAACUUUUGGAAAAUAUCAACAAACAGUAUGAAGAACUGGAGCAAGAAGGUUGUUUAGAUAAAGCUAAUACAUUAUCUAAUAGAGUGAACUCUGUAAAUUCAUGUUGGUCGGAACUCAACAAAAGAAUUAAUAUUAUUAUAUGUCGCCUGUCAUACACCCUACAACUUUGGGAGGAAUUUCAAGCAUUACAUGAAAAAUUGUUAAUGUGGUUAACAGAAUUAGAUCUGAUAUUAACAGAAACAGAAUAUUUUCCAGAAAAACAAGAUUCUUUACAGAAUCAUCUGAAAGAAGUUGAAGAUUAUAAAGAGGAAAAGAAUUCUCUAUAUCAGUUAUCGGUAUAUUUAGAACAAAGAAGCGAACCUUUGGAUAGUACGAGGGCAGAAGAAUUAGUACAAAACGUUCAACAGUAUUGGGAUCAAUUGUUUUCACGACUGUCCAUUUUACAGCAGAAAGCAAAUGAAAUAGAUGAUACCAAUGAUAAGGACAGAGAUUUAUCAAAAGAAAUGAUAGAUAGCAAUGAGAUAAAAACUGAUGUAUCUGUAAAUGAAAAUCAAAUUCUAGAUCUUCCUAUACCAACAAUUAUUACUGAGUCAGCUGAAACUUAUGAAUCAUCUGAUGUUAAAAGUUUAGAGAAUCCUACAGUUGUAAACCUUGAACUACACCAAGAAAUUGAAAAAGAAGAAAUUAGUGUAUUAGACGAACUGAAAAUUGCUUUGAAAGAAACGGAAGAAAAAUUAGGAAUUACGGAAGAAGCCAUUCGUAGUCAAACACCGAUCGGAUUUGAAACAGAAAUUGUCUCUCAUAAUUAUUCUAGACUUCUAGCCACUUGCCGAUGCAGUAUCGACAUUCUGAAACAUUUCAACAGUCUAUUACAAUGCGAAGAAGAAGGUUUGUCACAAGCAACCACCUCACAUUAUAACCAUGCUCAGGGCAUAAUAUCACGGUGGGAAAUAUUAGAAGCAAAAACGAUCGAGAAAGACAGACGUCUACAGCAGGCACGUCAUCAGUGGCAGCAAUAUAUGGACGAUUUAACUGCUGUGGAAGAUUGGUUAGAUAACGCAGAAAAAAGACAAGCAGAAUGGAUUCUCAUUCAGAAAGACAUGUCAAAACUGGAAUUAAUGAUACAAAAUCAUAGAGAAUUUCUCAUGGAAAUGAUAAAGUACAAACCUACAAUAUUAUCUUUAAAUAUGCUUACUCAGAAAUUCCUAACUACAUCAACGAACGAAAUUAAAUCCGAAGAAUUACAAACAAGGCUAAAGGUUUUAAAUAAACGUUGGGAGAAUCUUUGUCAGUCAGCUAUGAUUUGGCAAAACGAACUUCAGAAAGCCCUCUUACAGUGUCCAGACUUUCAAAAUACUUUACAAGAAUUAGUUUUGUGGCUUGAAAUGAGUGAAGAACGAAUCCAUCAGAUGGGAACCUUACGAAAUAUGGCUGAUCAUAAUAUAAUAUCCAUUCAAUACAAUAAAUAUUUAGAACUUAAGCAAGAAUUGGAAAGAUGUAAACCAAAAAUAAAGGCUUUUGAACAGACAGCCAGUAACUUAACAAUACCUUCAUCCAUUGCAUCAUCUCUGGGAAAGGAAGUCGAAACCGUCGAAAUUCAAAUGCAACUAAAUAAAGUUAAUGAUUGUCUGCAGUCGCUCAUAGAUAAAUGCGAUGCAGAAAUACGUAGAUUAAACGUAUUCUUGCAGUCUAAAGAAGAAGAGAAUGAAGCGGUCGGUCAUUUCAGGAGAAGUAAAGACACCUCCGAGGAUAACAAAACGUAUGCCGAUUUAUUUCGAUUUUAAAAACAUUAUAUUAGACUUUAAUGUGUCUAUUUUCUCUUUUUUACUCAAAAUUCCUUUGACAUUUUUUUUAAAC